UUCAGUAAACAUUGGAAUGAAAAAGUUGUACAAAAUAAAAAUAUUCUGAAAAAAAUGUUCAAAUUAGAAGACCUGCACGAGUAUGCCUGUUCACACGUCAAUCUCUACUUCAAUAUUUGCUCAAAAUUCAAAAGUAACGUCAACGUAUGGAGGAUCCCGUUUAAAGGCAAAAUAAUGGAUUUGUUCUUCAAUUGCCAUGACACAUUAAGUUGCUCGGAUACAUUUAUUGUCAUUUAUUGGAUAACUUUGAUUCUUGGACUAAUUGGAAUAUUUGAAGCAUGUAAGGAGAUGAUCAUAAUAUUCAAUGAUGAAAACUACGAACCUAUGACAUUUGGUCAACGAAGCUAUGAAUUUAUAGGUGUAAGGCAACGUCGUCGUGCAAGAAUCUGUGGAUUAUCAUUAAAUAUAAAACUAUUUUUUGGCUUAAUUUACGGAUUAAUUAAGCUCCGCACUAGUCACAUUCUUCCCUGGAUUGCUGUUUAUGGAUUUAUCAUAGCUAUUGAAAUAUUCUACUGGAUCUGCGACACAUACACAAACAGAAGGGUGAAACUGGCACCAAUUCGAUCUCUUGUCAUCUUGAUUGUCAGAUGGUUGUUGACAAUUCAUAUCAUGCUCGUGAUUAAUGCAAUAAAAGCAAAAGGAAUGAUCUAAUGAUAAAGGAACUGACUUGUUUUAUUUCUAUUUGCAGGUGCUGAGAAUUUUUU